UGACAGUCCUAACCAUGUGCUUUUGUUAUGCGCAGACAAGUUUUAGCUUGUGAGUAUCUUUGCGCAGGUCGUGAACUUCGAGAAGUUGGGAAAGUUGUACGGGUGUAUUGCCAAAAAUGGAUUUAAAGUGACAGGAUUGACUUUUGACGAUAUAUCAACUUAUUCAGACUUAAUUAAGAACAAUAAUUUACAUUUUGGAUUUAUAUUUCUAAUGUUUAGUGUAGGGAGAAGUAAAAUUAUAUAUUAUUUCCCAUUCUCACGGAUCUACCCGGAUUUCCUUAUGUUUACAAGUUUAUUUUUUACAAGUUGAUAAAAAUAUGUGUUUAACGAUAUCUCGUUAUAAAUCGCUCUGAGCCUGGGAAAAAAUGAAAGAAUUUGCAUUUCUUUUUGUUGUCACCUGUGCUUCUCACCUGGUCAAUUCAGAAAUUCCCAAAUUCCUUAAAAGCCCACAGGAUGUACAAGUGGAACUUGGAACGACAGCUCAGUUAGAAUGCCAUGCUACAGGACCACCAAACCUAGUCAUAUCAUGGCAAAAAGAUGGCAUUAGCAAUUUUCCUGCCAUUCAGCAGAAACGAUGGCAUGUUGAACCAGCUCAGUCUGUUACAUUUAUAAGUGAAGUGAAGACAAUUGAUGAGGGAGUUUACAGUUGUAUAGCAACAAACCAAAAUGGUACAGUAACAGCUAAUGCUACUGUUUCAAUAGUUGACAACAGAAAGUUUGAAUGUUCCAACUGGAAAAAUGAAGUCAUUCCAUCAGGCCAAGAAUUUGCCAUUUACAAGAACGAAACCUGUCAGGUUUGCUUGUGUAAUGAUGGAUCCCCAAAGAAUUGUAGAAAGAUUACUUGUCCUUCUAAAUGUUCAGACCUUGAAGAUGACAGUUUGUGCUGUUCAAAAUGUUCUAAAAUACUUAACAGUAAAGCUGAGGAGGUUUCUGCAAGUCUAUCAGAGGUAUUUAACAUCACAUCAGAUCAGUCUGACAAACAGUCUUCUAGUCCACCAGCCAUACCAGGUAAAAGUACACCAGGUCAAUCAGAACCAGCUAGUCUACCUCAGUUACCACAAAUAUCUCAAAGUACAUCUGACCAACCAGACAAAUCAGAUACAGAACAGAAACCAGGAAAGACUGGGUUACAAAAUGAUGCUAUUAACAAUAAUCCUCUAGCAGACAAUAUUGACACUAAAACAAUCAAACAGUUUGACCAUACAACUAACCAUGUCGAUAUGGUUAAAGGGGAUGUCAUGUCCAAUCAGAAUUCUGUGGAAGAUCAACAUGCUAAGAUAACCACACUAGAGUUGAUCGGCAACAAAAGUUCUGUUGAAGUUGGGGAUGAUUUGGAUGUUAAGUCUGCUGGCAAUGAAAGUUCUGUUGGAGUUAGAGAACAUUUGGAUGAUAAAUCUAGAGGUAAUGAAAGUUCUGUUGGAGUUAGAGAACAUUUGGAUGAUAAAUCUAGAGGUAAUGCAAGUUCUGUUGAAGUUAUUGAACAUUUGAAUGUCAAGUCUAUAGGCAACGAAAGUUCUGUUGAAGAAAAAGGACAUUUAAAUGAAAGUAUACAACAGAAUUUGUGGAAUCAAAGUUCUGGUGAUGAGGAAGAUAGAAAUGUAACAGAGGAUAUAGUAACAUUAGAGUUAACAACAACAAAACCAAUCACUGAAGUUCCAAACAUCACAUGUACAGACUGGAAGGGAAAAAUUUUCCAUUACGGAGAAGAGUAUGCACCAUACAAGGAAGAUAAUUGCAAAUUAUGUGCAUGUGGUCGUGAUUCUUCUAAACAAUGUAGAACUGUACGAAUCAUUGAGUGUCCUGACAGGAACUGUACAUACUAUGUAUGGAAGAUAGGAAUGGAUUGUUGUGAAUAUGAAUGUAUCAAUGAUAUCAAUGACAUUAAAAAGGGGAGACCUAUGAAGAAGCCUAGAAAGAAAAAAUUAGAAAUUAUUAAGCCACCAAAAAAUGCCACUGUUUCAGCUGACUACAGCCAUACCUUUCACUGUAGAGCUAACAAACGUACAAAUUCCCAUCAUCAUGUACUGUAUAAAUGGUUCAAGGAUGGUGAGAGAAUAAAAGAUAGAUUUAGCCGAGAUGAAGAUACUGGCCAUGCUAAGUAUGACAUAAAUAAGAAGACAGGAAGUUUGAAGAUUAUACACGUGCAUGUGAAGGACAGGGGAGAAUACUUUUGCAAAGUCAAACAUGGCAACGAAACACUAAUAUCUCACAAAGUGUUCUUAGAAGUUCAAGUGCCAGUCAAGUUUGUUGGACUGAUACCAUAUAACCGAACUGUAAAGUGUGGGAACCCAGUUCAGCUGGUCUGUAAUGUAGCAGGGAUUCCAGUACCAACAAUGAUCUGGAGCAAAAAUGGAGUAGAGCUUGGUAGCACACCUCCUGAUGGGAUCUCUAUCUACACAACUGUACAAGGCAAUGAUGUUCUGUCACGACUCCUUAUCAAAAAUGUCACAGAGACCAGUAGGUACGGAUGUAGAGCAUACAACAAGCCUAAAUCACCUCCUGGUAAACUUGCCAUAGUCAGACAAGAUGUCCAGGUUACAAUGAUGUGUUCUGGAACCAAGUACAAACCAAUUGGGCAGUGUGUACCUUACAAUGGAAGUUUUUGCAGUGCAGAAAUAGAUUCUGGUCAAAUCCACAAGAUUGUCAAUGUAUCAUUUGAGAAGUUGGACAGAGAUGUUAUAGACAUGCUUCAUGAUAUCAAGAAAAACUUAAACCCCUUGAGUGACAGAUGUCUGUCUAAUGCAAAGAAAGUCUUCUGUAACCAUGUAUACCCAAGCUGUCAUCAUGAAAAUGGAGAGGCCAAGCCAAUACAUAUGUGCAGACAAAGUUGUUUAGCAGUGAAGGAACUCCUUUGUUUUGAUGCAUGGCUGAUGGUUGUCCAUUCUAUGGAUGGAUAUAAAUUACCAAUAUGUGAAACACUUCCAGAUAAACUAGAUCCUACCAUGAAGUGUGUAGAUAUCCCUAUGUUUGUAAGGAAACCUGAAGAAACCAAAAAUUCCUGCUACAAAGGAACAGGACAGUGGUAUAAUGGUACAGUGAACUCUACUAAAUCAGGAAUAGCUUGCCAGGCUUGGGAAUCACAGAAUCCACAUAAUCAUCAGAGACCACCAGAUGUCUUCCCCAGUCUCGAGGGAGCAGAAAAUUAUUGUAGAAAUCCUGGAUCUGAGGAGGAUUCUCCUUGGUGUUAUACACAAGAUAGAAUCAUAAGAUGGGAGAGAUGUGAUGUUCCUAAAUGUGAUGGAGAAAUCCGAAUACCCACAGGACGAGUGGAAGAAGAAAAACCAACUAUGACAACAGAAGCCAUUGCUAUUGUUUCUACCGUAACAGCAGUUGGAAUAUUUGUUGUUGCUCUCAUUUGCAUAUUAUGCUACCAAAUCUUUAGACAGAGACAUAGUAUAAAAUACAAUUCAACACCACAAGAUGACCUUGACAUUGAUGUGGACAAACUUCAGCCAAAUAUUUCUUAUCACAAGAUGGCUGAUAUUAAACUUAACCCCAAGUUACAAACCUUGGAAUAUCCUAGAAAUGAUGUUGUAUACUUAUGUGACAUAGGUCAAGGUGCUUUUGGACGUGUGUUCAAAGCUAAGGCCAAGAACCUAGUUGAAGAUUCAGAGGAUUGUUUUGUUGCUGUAAAAAUGUUGAAAGAUGAUGCUAGUGAAGAUCUCCAACAAGAUUUUGAAAGAGAGGCUUCAUUGAUGGCUGAAUUCGAUCAUCGAAACAUUGUUAAAUUAUUGGGCAUUUGUGCAAUAGGCAAGCCUAUGUGUUUAUUAUUUGAAUUUAUGGAAAACGGUGAUUUGAAUGGAUUUUUGAGACUUUGUAGUUCAGAAAGUAAUUACAUAAUUAGACGUAAUAGUGUGGAUAAAAAAUCCUCAGAACUAUUCCACCAUGUGGGAACUAAUCAACAAAUGAAUAUCAUCAUGCAGAUAUGUACUGGGAUGGUAUACUUAUCAGAUAAUGGUUAUGUUCAUCGAGACUUAGCCACCCGUAACUGUUUAGUUGGUGAAAAUUUGAUUGUUAAAAUAUCAGACUUCGGUUUAGCUAGAAGUGUUCAUAGUAUGGAAUAUUAUAAGGGCAGCGAUCAUGACGCUAUUCCUAUUCGCUGGAUGCCCUUAGAAUCAAUACUUUAUAACAAAUUCACAUCAGAAUCUGAUGUCUGGUCAUUUGGUAUUGUAUUAUGGGAAGUGUUUUCUUACGCUCUACAACCAUAUUAUGGUAUGUCUCACGAAGAAGUUGUUCAGUUUAUAAAGGACGGCAAAGUCCUGGCAUGUCCGGAUAAAACUCCUAAAGCUUUGUACGAGUUAAUGCGAUUGUGUUGGAGUAAGAAACCGACCAACCGUCCACGAUUUAUUCAUCUUUGCAAGUCACUUCAUGCCAUUAAUGAAGAAAUUCAGAAAAAAAGUAACAUAAGUGAAGUUGUAUGAUACAUUGUCUCAGAUUCUUACUCUUUGCUCAAAUCCAGUCAUUUGUUUGUUUGUUGUUUUGUUAUUGUUUUAUUUGCUUAAUUGUUAGAUUUAUGUAUAUUGUUGAACAAAAUUUAAACUUGUAUAUCAACUGAACCAUUUUUUUAUAAGGGAUGGUAAGCAGGAUUUCUUUUUAUUCUGAAUUUUUUGGCCCUAAGUAGAAUUAUUUUACACUGAAAAGUUCUGUUUUAUUGUAUUUGAAAAAAACCCGGUAUUGGUAUAUGAAAUUGUUGACAUUGCCGUAAUCCAAAAGCAUGUACAUAAACAAUUAGUGCUGUACGUUUUUUAAAGUUUUACGUUAGUGAUCAGAUCAGAAACAUUCUCACCAACAGUUUAAUCUAGGAGACACCUAAUAACAACCUUUCAUCACAAUAAAGUUCACAAACAAUUUGAAGAAAAAAGAUUGUUUAGGAUUACAUCUUCGGUGGUCUACCCAGAUAAUCAGAGAUUUUCUAUAUUUUGUAAAAAUAACAAAACUUGUUUAGACAAUUUGUUUCCAAAAUAUUUAUUGGACUUGAGUUACUUCUUUAGUAGAUGUUGACACAUGUUAAUAAUAUUUACUAAAGUUUCACCAAGAUAGAUCAUUAGAUACUGGUCUGUAAGCCAUUUUACAUGUAUACAAAAUUUUAUAUCACACUAUCUUAAAUAAGUUAUGUUUAACAUCUAGGGUAAAAAGUCUUACAAAGAACACAUAUUGGUUAGCAUCAUAGCAGAAUCUUUUUGCUAAGGGCCUUGUAGUGAAACUUGAAUAUUUGGCAGUUAAACCAUACAAAAAACAUGGAUACAUGAACAGUAAUUCUUCAAAACAGUAAUAUUAUCUCAGUUGUGAUGACAAGAAAUUUUAAAAACUUAAAGAUUCUUUUGGAAUAGUCAUGCAUGAACAUUUACAGAAAGUGAUAGUUGUGGUUUGUUUCUGUUUUCAAGUAUUUAGACUUGGUUACUCCAGAAAGAGAAUUUUCAUUUUUCUUCGUAAGUUGAAUACAUCUGUAAAAAAACCAAUGUUUUCGUUACAUUAAAUAUGUAAUUGAUGUCAUUAUAUUUGAUUUAAAAGAAUAUUAUACAUUGCUGUUGACAAUUUUAGUAGGGUUCAUAAAAGAUUUGAGGACUAAGUAUAUGUAUCAUAUCAUUGAGACAUCCAUCAUAGUGUUUUAAAGGCAGCUUACACACAUCAUUAAUUUAAUACUUAACUUAUUAUGUAAUAUUAAGUAUAGUGGUUAGUAUUUAAGUAUGUUUUAUAUGUUUUCCUAUAUGUCCUAACUUUAGUUCUCUUGUAAGUUGGGGAGAAAUGUCUAACCUAGUUUUCUUCCCACAACCUUUUCAAUUCUAGUUUUUAUAAAAAUCCUACUUUUAUCUCACAAACUUAAAUUUUCUGGCAAUCUGCUCCUUAAAAAUUUUGAUGUAAAUAAAUUUAGUGGUUCUGUUUUCUGCUACUUGAAAACAGGGUGUAAUGCAUGUAGAAAUUUAAAAACCAACAUGUUUUAAGGCCAAAACAUUAGAGCUGGACACAGAGUUUGUCAAAUUAUCCUGUAGAUGAAUUGUCAAUCAUCACAAGUGUACAAAUAUAUGCAUGCAAGACAAUAUCAGUUUGAUAGCAAUCUUUAGCUGUACAAAGGUUAUAAAUGAAAUAUCCUCCUAUUGAGUAAGUUUUUGAUGUGAUUGAAGUAGUUUGAACUGUUGUACCAUGCUGAUGUGAAGUUAUAUUUUAUGAAUGGAUUGACUUUGUAAUGUUUUAAACAAGUGAUAAGAUUAAUUUAAGAGGACUGUCAUGCUAUGAACAAAAUGAAAAAAGUCUUUAUUUAUCUGAUUUUCAUCAUCAGCAGGAUUCCCAAAUCAUUUUAAUCAUCAAACGAUGUGAUAUUUUUUAUCUAUUUGAUAGUUACUUGAGUAACACAUGAAGAGCAAGGGAGGCAGAGGUACUUAAAUAUGAAGUGUUUCUUGGUAGGUUCCAGGGAAAUCUGAUAGGUAUGAAGGUUAGAAAUCUAUACCGUUGUGUAUACAAUGCCUCUUGUUUGAUACUCUUCACUUUAAUAGAUCCUUGUGUACAGGAUAUUAAAUUUUUAAAAGGGUCUUUUUCUAAUUUAAAGAAAUGAUAAUACAUGUACCACAAAUCAAAAGAAUCAUUGACCCUGUUAGGUCAUUUUAGAGCUUUCUGUACUGUUUGGUUUAAGUGUCAUAAUGGAGGUUUGGGUCUGCAGCCUUCAAAACCUAGGUUUCAGUUGUAACCAUUGAUUAGUUAUCUGUAAAUUUAAGAUCUUUUCCAGAUCUCUCUGACACAGAACUUUAUCCAGUAAGUCUAUGAGAAUGUUUGGAUUUCAAUCUAUAAUCACUGAUAGUUCAGACAGAAUCUGAUCAUUCCAAUUAAUCAUACCCACUCCAUACUGGUACACUCAAUGAUUUUACAGACUUUCAAAACAUUCUAUAAAAACAAAAAUAUUUACAAUACAUAACAAUGUUGUUUUUAGCAGGGAAAAAUAGUUUUGGUUUUGUCAGGCAUGUAAAUUCUCACAUCUGGUAGAACAUGGGGGUACGGCUGAUGGAGUGAUAUACAUCUGUGACAUCAAUUGGGUGACUUAUCUAUCAUCUACAGAUGUAUUUUGUACCUGGAAAUGUGGCUUAUCUUUGAUUGCAAUAGGUACUUCUUUGAAGAAUAUCAUUGGAUAUAGUUAAGGUCUUUAUCUGGUUUAUCAAACCCCAGCUGUAGCUUUAAAAGCAAACAGGGGGUACAUUGUUAGAUCAGGCUUUUCUGAAAUCAGCUCAGCAAAAAUAUCUAUACAACAUUGUUAUGAAUAGUAACAGUACUAAGAAUGGACAGCAUUUAUCACAUUCUGACAACUUAAUUUGGAAAAUAUGCAAAGAUCCACCAUUACAUAGACAGACAUCAUCGGUCCUAUUAUAAAUAAACAGCUUUGAAUCAUACCAUAGACAUUUCUAGCUUUCAUACAUCUAAUCAGAUAUCCCUUUGUCAAGUUGAAUGUCAAAAGAAAUGAUUUAUCAGUUAAUAUAUACUUAGUGAUUAAUUUUCUAUACAAGAAGUGCCAAAUUUUAAAAGUAGUAAAGAUUCAGUUUUUUGUUUAUGAACUUUCUAAAAAGUCAAAUUUUGUGUCUUUUAUGUGACAAAUUAAAAUAUUUGUGAAUUCAGUGCACUCUAUAGUUGUUAUCUUAAUUCUGCAAAUUAGAUGUUUCUCAAAUUAUCAGCUGCAGUCAUCUUGGCAGUUUCUUAUGUUUUGCUUUAAUUUUGCACUUUAGCAUCAGGAACCAGAUACCUUGUAAGUUAAAAUUUCAUCCCUUUGGGAUUAGCUGGAAGUGGCUAUGGAGUCUAAAACUAAUACUAAAAGCUGUUUUCAUAAUCUUUUCAAUUUUUUUGUGAAAAAAACGAGGUUUUGUAAAUUUUGUAAUCUUUGUACAUAAUGAAAUUGUCUGCCAUGCAGAAAAUCAGAUAAACUUUUUUUAAGACUGACAAAAAUUAAUUAAAGAACUGGUAAGGCCAAGCAAAAAGUCUCAAACAUUUUAUUGUGUAUUCAAAUUAGAUUCAUUUUUGUCGAGCCUUCGACUUUAGUCGAAAAAGCGAGACAUAGCGAUCCUACAUUCCGUCGGCGUCGUCGUUGUCGUCGGCGGUGUCCACAAAUAUUCACUCUGUGGUUAAAGUUUUUGAAAUUUUAAUAACUUUCUUAAACUAUCCUGGAUUUCUACCAAACUUGGACAGAAGCUUGUUUAUGAUCAUAAGAUAGUAUCCAGAAGUAAAUUUUGUAAAAAUAAAAUUCCAUUUUUUCCAUAUUUUACUUAUAAAUGGACUUAGUUUUUCUGCCGGGAAAUAUUACAUUCACUCUGUGGUUAAAGUUUUUAAAAUUUUAAUAACUUUCUUAAACUGUCCUGGGUUUGUACCAAACUUGGACAGAAGCUUGUUUAUGAUCAUAAGAUAGUAUCUAGAAGUAAAUUUUGUAAAAAAAUAAAUCCAUUUUUUCCUUAUUGUACUUUUAAAUGGACUUAGAUUUUCUGCCAGGAAACAACACAUUCACUCUGUGGUUAAAGUUUUUAAAAUUUUAAUAACGUUCUAAUACUUUUUUGGAUUUCUACCAAACUUAGACAGAAGCUUGUUUAUGAUCAAAUGCUAGUAUCUAGAAGGAAAUUUUGUUUUCUUCCAGUUAACAUUACAUUCAGUCUGCAGUUAAAGUUUUUAAACAUUUAUUAGAUUCAUAAACUAUCCUGGAUUUGGACUUGGACAGAAGCUUCUUACAAUCAAAAGAUAGUAUCAAGAGGAAUAUUUUUAUUGAUUUACUUCCUCAUUUUUGUUUAGCCUGUGAUUAACAGAAAAAGUAGGCGAGACACUGGGUUCCGCGGAACCCUUACGAAUUUUAUGGAUAGUAUGCCUCCUUUAAAGAAAAGCUAUUGUGUUUGGUUAUUUAGAAUAGAAUAUCACAGUUUGUAUUUAGCUGAAAGCUAGGACUGUCAUCAUAGUUGUUUUUUUUUUGUUUAAAUUAUGCUAUGUGUAUAAGUGCUAUAUGAGCUUGUUGUAUAUUUUUUCUCAUUUUGAAACCCAGUGAACAAAUCAUUUUGUAUGUUUGUUUUUGCAUGCCAAAAGUUUGUUAUUUUUGUUGUUGAAAGACAUGAGAUUUAUUUAUUCUUUCCAUUUAUAUACCAGAAAAAUUAGUUUUUUGUAUAUGCAGGAAAAUUUGUGGUUGUAUAAUGAUAAAGGUUCAUAUUGUGAGAAGCAAAAUUAAUAAUUGUAUAGGUUGAUAGUUCGUGCAUUUCUUUGUUUUAUACUGUUAAAUACUUUUCAUCAUUAAACCUACCCUUUUAAAGCUAAAAUGCAUCAGUGAUUUAAAUUUUGAAAAAAAAUUGUCACAUACGUUUACAAAGUUAAUAAAUCAUGUCAAAAUUACUGUUUGAAAGGGAGAAAGUUCAAAAAUAUUGAGUUGGUUUUUGGGUAUAUCAUUGAUUGAUGGAUUGCUCAUAAAAUAACUAAUGACCUGUAUAAAUUAAGAUCUAGGAAUCCAUUAGGAGUAACAUUCAGUAGGAAAUGUUACAUACAAUCAAGGGAAAAUUCUCUAAUUUGAGCCUUUCCGUAGGCAGCUGCCGUAUAAUGCUGCACUAGGCACAGCAUGUUCAUUGUUUGUAACUUGUUUUGAUUUUCAGUUUGUUAUUUUAUAUGUUCAGAAUGGUGCUUAUUUGUACAAGGACAGUAUUGAUCUCACAAUAUGAUUAUAUCUUUUUGAACAAUUUAAUCUAAAGUAUUCUUGAAAUUGAAUACUUGAAAACCACAUUAAAAAAAAUUAACACGUUUAAAAUUUAAAUUGAAAUUGAAUAAAGAACAAUGAUAUUAUGAGAAUCAAAUUUCAUUUUGUAUGAAGUAAGUAAUAAUUUUACAUGUUUUUUUCUUUUGAUCUUUGGUAAUCAGACAUGGAAUCUUUGGAUAUGAUUUACCAACUGAUUGCAAUGAGUGUGCAGUUUUUUUUCUUAACUGAUUGGUAAGAUUUGUACUGCCCUUGUAAAAUGUUGUAAUAAUUGUUGAUCAUGUUUCAUUAAAAAACUGGCUGUAAACAGUCAUCAUAAAAGUGCUAAAAUAAAAUAAAAUUUAAAUUGAA